UCUGGGCCCCUUCCUUUUUGCUGCGCAAUGGCGUAUUCGUGGGCUGCGUCCCGCUACCUGCAGAGGUGGCUGCAUGGGCCCAUGGUGCGCGAAUUUGGCUCGGUCACUGGUAACGUUGCGAAGGAUGUUCUUCUGGAUGAGUCUGUCCUGCCAGCCAAGGUUCGUCGCGUUUUGAUCCGAGACAUGACUUUGACGCUGAGCUGGCGCUUUGAACUUCGCAUUGUCUUGGGUGCUGUGGAGGCAGAGGUCGAGUGGCAACAGCCGGCACUGCAGGACAUGCCAGUGGAGGGGCCUGUUGAUUUGCAAGAUGACGCUGCGUUGGCUGCAGCGGGAAUCGCUUUUCCAGAGAAUCCUUUGGGGGCGACAAGUGAUGUGGAUAUCCUUCAUGCUGUUGCAGCUGCUCUUGCCGGAGAGGAGAUGAAAUCUCUGAGCAGCUUAAGCGAGUUUUGAGAGAUGAAGAGCCGUUUCAGCACAUCAUCAUGUUCCAGAAUUUUGGAUGACCCGUUCCAGGAAAGGGACACCUUCCAAAAGCGGAGUUGUAAAGAUGUUACAAAGGAAAUCAUGUGAUUCAAGGGAAGCCUUGCAAGAAGCCCUGCAACAGCGCUACGGGCAAAGCAAUUG